AUGACGUCUAUGGCCGAGUCUGAGAAUGGGAGGCUUCUUAAUGUCAAUGCAGAUGUCGCCGCCGCUGAACUCGCUCGUGCUCUCAAGCCCCAGCCUCUUAAAGUGGUCUACUUAUCCGAACAAAGGGGCUUAUUCGAUGGAGCUGGCAAUAAAAUAUCUCAGAUUAACCUCGAUGCGGAGUACAAUUACCUCAUGUCUCAGCCAUGGUGCAGAUAUGGAACCCGUCUUAAGAUCAAGGAGAGUAAGGAACUUCUUGAUACCUUACCACGAAGCUCUAGUGUCGCUAUUAUUCACCCAAGCGAUCUUCAGAAGGAGCUUUUCACUGACUCUGGUGCUGGUACUUUAAUUCGACGAGGAAAUACUAUUCAAAAGACAUCCUCCUUGUCUGAAUUGAAUCUUGUCAAGAUGAAGGAAGCUCUUCUCAAAAGCCACAAGAGCCUUGAUGCUGAGGCUGCAGUUGAUGCCUUUCUGGAGUUUCUUAAAGUAAAUCCAUUUACCGCUUACUAUGACGAGAAUAUGUCAGGUUUAGCUAUUGUCCUUCCACCUUCUGCAGAUAAGCCGGCUACUAUAGCUUCUUUUACCAUUACCAAGUCUGGAUGGCUGAGUAACCUAGCUGAGAAUAUGUUCUCAGCUAUAAAAAUGGACAACCCCUCCUUAUGUUGGAAGGUUUCGGAAGAGGAUGAGAAUCUCGUUUGGUUCUUUGAGAAGGCAGAUGGGAGUUUCAAGCGCAAUGGUGGCGUCCUCUUUUACUGUGGCUCCGACUUUAAUGCGGAUGGCCUAGUUUCUUUUUCAAGGACUUUGUCUACUUUACAUACGCUACGAUAG